AUGAAUAACUUGUAUAAUUGUUUUUCAAAAGAUACAAAUGAAUGUCAGAGUAAUCCAUGUGAGAAUGGUGCAACUUGUGUGAAUACAGAAGGAUCUUUUACUUGUACAUGUGGUCCUGGAUGGGAGGGAUCACUUUGUGAUAUAGAUACAAAUGAAUGUCAGAGUAAUCCAUGUGAGAAUGGUGCAACUUGUGUGAAUACAGAAGGAUCUUUUACUUGUACAUGUGGUCCUGGAUGGGAGGGAUCACUUUGUGAUAUAGAUACAAAUGAAUGUCAGAGUAAUCCAUGUGAGAACGGUGCAACUUGUGUGAAUACAGAAGGAUCUUUUACUUGUACAUGUGGUCCUGGAUGGGAGGGAUCAGUUUGUGAUAUUGAUACAAAUGAAUGUCAGAGUAAUCCCUGUGAGAAUGGUGCAACUUGUGUGAAUACAGAAGGAUCUUUUACUUGUACAUGUGGUCCUGGAUGGGAGGGAUCACUUUGUGAUAUAGAUAAAAAUGAAUGUCAGAGUAAUCCAUGUGAGAAUGGUGCAACUUGUGUGAAUACAGAAGGAUCUUUUACUUGUACAUGUGGUCCUGGAUGGGAGGGAUCACUUUGUGAUAUAGUCAUUUAA